ACAAACUUCCACGUAAAACUUUUGUACUAUUUUGAAAUCACCAAAUUGUCUUCUUCUGAAAUCGAUGAUGCAAAGAGUUCUUGCAGAUUGAUUCAUUUGUACCCAAAGACGUGGAGACCCUUUAAUCAAGGAGAACGCUUCCACAGUUAGACCCUAUUCCCUCGCUCUUAUAUCUAUCACUCACAAACACAAACAACUCCAAAUACAAACUCUUCUUUUUCUUCUUCUUCUUCUUCUUCUUCUUCUUAUGUCACCAACCAUUCACGGACCCUUAUGGCUUUUUCACAUGAUUCUCACUGUUUCAGACACCAAACUUCACCUUGCUUCCAACUGUGAUUGCUUGGAAAGCUGUUUUUACAAUGGUCGACAGAACCGUGCCUGGCUCUGCCAUCAAGGUUGUUUCUAAGAAGGUCUUGUUUUUUUUCUUCGCAAUGACAACGUUGUUGUUCAUGUUGUCGUGGUUGUUCGUUCUGCGUUCCACGCAAUCCGAUGUUAUGUCUAACUCCAGCCUUUUCACUUCCUUCAACGACUCAUAUUCUGAUCCAGUGCAGCAAAGAGAUGUACAAGAAGUAGAACCCUCGAUUGGUAAUAGAGCAAUACUCGGUGACAGCAUAGAAGCAGAAGCAGCAACGACGACAACAGCACGUGAUGAGGCACAACAACCACUACAACAACACGUGCCGGAAGAACAAGGUGUGAAAUGCAAACCACGGGUGCUGAGAGUUUUCAUGUAUGAUUUGCCUCCUGAGUUCCAUUUUGGACUGUUGGAUUGGAAACCUCAAGAGAAUGCUGACAGUGUUUGGCCUGAUAUCAAAGCUGUGUCACCCCAUUACCCUGGAGGGUUGAAUUUGCAGCAUAGUAUAGAGUAUUGGCUUACUAUGGAUCUUCUUGAUUCAGAAGUACCUGAAGCUGAAGCAGAAUCUAAAGCAAAGAGUGUGAUGAGAGUUAGAAACUCUAGUGAUGCUGAUGUGAUAUUUGUGCCAUUCUUUUCCUCUCUUUGUUAUAAUCGGUUUUCUAAAACUGGCCCACACGAGAAGAGGAGCAGGAACCAGGUGCUGCAGGAAAAGUUGGUGAGUUAUGUUACAGCACAGGAGGAAUGGAAGAGGUCAGGGGGGAAGGAUCAUGUCAUCUUGGCUCACCAUCCAAAUAGUAUGUUAGAUGCAAGAACCAAGUUGUGGCCAGGAGCUUUCAUUCUCUCAGAUUUUGGGAGGUAUCCUCCCAACGUGGCUAAUGUUGAGAAAGAUGUGAUUGCACCUUACAAACAUGUGGUUAGAUCCUACGAUAAUGAUCAAUCCACUUUUGGUAGCCGUCCAAUAUUGCUGUACUUCCAAGGAGCUAUAUACAGAAAAGAUGGAGGUCAUGUUCGGCACGAGCUAUACUAUCUUUUGAAGAAGGAAAAGGAUGUGCAUUUUUCAUUUGGAAGUGUUCAAAAGGGUGGAAUUAAAAAAGCCACAGAAGGCAUGCGUUCUUCCAAGUUCUGCCUCAACAUAGCCGGAGACACCCCUUCAUCAAACCGUUUGUUCGAUGCCAUAGCCAGUCACUGUGUUCCUGUGAUCAUCAGCGACGAAAUCGAGUUGCCAUUCGAGGAUGUCCUUGACUACUCUCAGUUCUGCAUAUUUGUGCGCACCAGAGAUGCCCUGAAAAAGAGGUAUCUGAUAGACUUCAUCAGGAGCAUUGGGGAGGAAGAGUGGACCAGGAUGUGGAACAGGUUGAAAGAGGUUGAGAGUUUCUAUGAGUUUCAGUUCCCUUCCAAGGAGGGUGAUGCUGUGCAAAUGAUUUGGCAGGCUGUGAAACGCAAGGUUCCUUUCAUGAAGUUGAAAACUAACAGGUCUAGAAGGUUUUUCAGGUCUCUUCAGAGAAGUUAGCACAGAUCAAUACCUGCAUCAUCUAGAUUUUUGUGAGAGAAACAUCAGUAAAUUGAUGCACGCUUGUUGGUUUGGAGUUGUGCACCAAAGAUAUCGUGGCACAUGACUUUAGGUUUGGCCUAUAGAAAUGUUAGAACAUGAACAUCCCGUAGUAAUAUACGAAUGUAGUGAUGAUUUUGCUGUUGACAUUGUAAUGUAACGUUCUUACUUACCUGAUUCAUAGGAUGUACAAUGAAAGUGUCUUUGUUCU